AUGUCUGACACAGCUUUCCAUCAGAAUUGGUCUCAAGAUAUUGUUUGGGAAAUGCUUAUUGUAAUCAAUUCCACACCACUUCUCGUUGAAUGCAAUGCUCUUCUGUUGUGUAAACCAAUAAUUUGCGCAAAACUGGAACUCUUUGGAGACUCUCUCCAAACCAAUCAACUCAUGGAUCUCGAGAGUCAACAGCAUUUUGAAAAUCCAAAAAUAACCAAGCAAUUGAAAUGCGGUUUUGAAGGCAAAUGUAAUAUCACUCCAAAUACAAGAAAGUAUUGCCAAAAAUGUAGACUUAAUAAGUGUUUUGCGGUCGGAAUGAGAAAAGAAAUAAUGAAUUCAGACGAAGAAAAUAAGAGAAGACGACAAAUGAUUGCAGAAAAUAAGCAAAAAUGUAUACAAAACGUGAACUCAAACGACAACAAAAUCUCUGACCAAACCGUUGGCCAAGAAGUCGAUGAUCUCAUUGACAGUACAUUCUAUAUAACGGAUAAAGCAUUGAAUAAACAGAUACUGGAAAUUGAAAACACACUAAACAAUGAUUUUAUUAAUGAGACAAAUGAUGAUAAUAUAAUACAAAAGUCAAUGCCAUUACCAUUGGUUCCCGUAUUCAAAGAGUUGACAGAUUAUAACGGUUUGAAUCAAUUGGAAACAAACCGUAUGCGAGAGCUCUUGAAGGCAUCUGAUAUUAUAAACUAUCCGAUCGCUGAUAAUGUAAUAGUGGUUCAAAAUAAGGACCAUUUGAUCCGAAUGGCAGCCCCGGCCACCGAAACACACGUUCAAAACUUUUUAACAGCAAUCACACUCUUCAACCCUAAUGUGCCAAACAUAUCGCAUACAACUGCUAUAAAACUCGAACAACAACUAUAUAAAUGCACAGCAAUGACCCCCUCCUCUACUCUACAAAUAUUCCCUAAUUCUAGUAUUUUAUAA